ACUCUAUCAGGUCGACCUCCACAUGGUUCUCCCUGGAAACCAUCGUGAACAAUUCUUGUUGAAUUCGUCACAAUGGGCUAACUGACCUGCUUCAUCCUCACCUAUCAUCCUUCACUGGUUCCCCGCCGGUGUAUACCAAUAGCGCGGGCGGAGUUACCAUUCCAUUAUCACCCAUUAAAAAAAAAACCUCUAGUAUUAUACAUGACGUUGGCAGAAAUGGUCGUAAAAUAACUACCGACUGCCAUUGAGCAAAAUAAGAAUAAAGAGGAAAUUAAUAUAUAUUUAAAUGAAUGAGUAUACUUUACUUACCCCCCCCCCCCGCAACUGCCGUUAAAACAAGACGUGUUUGUGUUAGCUCCAUUGUUUUAAAAUUAAAAUCUGUGGUAAAAGUUAUCAUUUCUAAAAUAAUAUUAUACCAAACUAAAGAACAAAGUGAGAUCUUUACGACGGACUAUAUUUCAUCGACAAAUAAGUAUCGUGAGUACCGAUAAAUAGUGCAUGAAUAUUUUGUAGAAGACCAUUUCAACGACAUACCCGUUUACAAAUUGAUAACAAAACAAAGGUUUGACCUUGACUCGUGGUCGCUGAAAUUUCAUGCAGUAUAUUACAAUAGCGGUACUGAAGAGUGAUACUAUAAUUCAACAUUUCAUUACGAUUACUCGUUGGCGAAGUGGCACCACGUGCAAGUUUUAAGUAAUACUCCGAGGAUCGAUUCUCAUCAAUUUUUUUUUCUUUUUGUAAAGAAUUUUUGCAAGAAAUUUGUGUUCGGUGGUUAUUUCAUUGAAAUAUUAUUUAAGAAUUUAGCUUCAGCAGUAUAUUUCUUUGUUUAUUCAUUUUUUUUAUUUUUUCAACGUAAUAAUUGACGAUGCCACUUAAGCGCACACCUCCGCCUUCACCUGCACCUCACACUGGUAUUACUCAACUAGAGCUGAAUGUGUCCACCACUGUCGCUCCAGACCGUCCCUCUUGUGACGCGGGCAUAGCUUUAAGAUUACCUCAUUCGGAACAGUUACAUGGUUCUUCUUCCGAACCAAAUCUGAAUGAGAUGAAAACUACUAAUGCUACACGCAAACGAAAACACUCACUUUAUGAUGAUGAGAUGUUAAAUUCGUUUAUAACAGAAAUGAGACAAAUGUUUAAAGAUUUUAGGGAUGAGCAAGAUAGGAGGAAUGAACGGUUGUGUGCUGUAGUUGAGGAUCUCCGCAUAUCUGUUGAUUUUUUGGCUCAUAAAUACGACUUACUCAAAUCAAAAAUGGACAAGUUGGAAACUGACCAUAACGCAGAUAUGCGGUAUGUAAAGACGCUGGAAGAUAAGAUAGAAACUCUUGAACGUAACAAUAGGUCGACUUGUUUGGAAAUUAGGAAUAUUCCAACUUCUCCUACUGAAACAAAGAAUUCUCUUUUAGAGACGUUUAUAAAAACUAGCGGUGUAUUAAGUAUACCAGUUCAACCCAGCGAAAUAAAAGACAUUUUUCGCAUAAAAACCAAACAACAAGCUAGUAAAACCAUCAUAGUAGAUCUAACGAGCUCUAUAUUGAAGGAAAAAAAUAUUGCAAUGUACCGCAAAUAUAACAAGGGAAGCUCUAAAUUAACUACAGAAACGCUUCAUCUAAGUGGGCCAGUAUCUCCUAUUUAUAUCUCGGAAAAUUUGUCUUCCAAAAUGAAGAAAUUGUUUUAUCUGGCCAGAGAAUUUGCAAAAACUAACGAUUAUAAAUAUUGCUGGGUAUCCCAUGGAAAAAUAUUUCUUCGCAAAAGUGAUAAUGGUUCAUUGAUUCCAGUAACAGAUGACACCGUGUUGGAGAAAAUUAAUAUAUCAAAAUGACUAUGUACUCUGGU